AUGGAUUUUGUCAGAAGACCUGCUACAAAGCUGUCAAACGAAUUAACAGUUUUACUCACAAAGCAUCCAAUCAGGAAUAUAAUUCUGGCCAUAAGUUUGGGCUUGAUAUCUUGGAAGUUACUUGUCAAACUCCAAACAUACCACAAUCAGAAACGGCUAACAGUUAAGCGAAGACAAGUCGAACAAAAUGUCGAAAAAGUCAGACAAAGUCUGUCGAAUUUGCCAACAUCAGUCUCACACACCAUUUGUAACGAAAGCUUGUCAUAUUUAUCUGAGCAGAUCAAGUCAGGGAGUUUAGAACCCGCUGAUGUACUACAUGCCUUUCAGCUCAAAGCGUUGGAGUUGUACGAUAACGGAAAUUCAGGUAUUUGUGAAUUCAUUUUGGAGGCAGAAGAGAAUGCUGUUAACAUGAUAUCGUCAUCGGACAUCGAUAAAGAAUCACAGCUGUAUGGGAUUCCAAUUAGCAUAAAAGAGAGUUUUACAUUGGGCGGUUAUGAUAGUACUUUGGGUGUUAUUAAACGCUGUAGCAAACCUAUGAGCGAUGAUUGUGUUCUCGUGAAAGUACUCAAGAGUGCUGGUUCAAUCCCCUUCGUAACUACUGUGACCAGUCAGUUAUGUCGCACAUUGGAUAGCUUUAACUGUGUUUAUCGUGAGGCAAAACAUCCAAUGAAUUCGUCGAGAAUGCCUGGUGGGAGUUCAACGGGGGAAGCUGUACUAUUGGCGUUGAAUGGUUCUCCAGUUGGUAUUGGUAGUGAUAUUGCUGGUAGCAUCCGUAUCCCGUGCGCAUUUUGCGGUUUAGCUGGUUUAAAACCAACGUUUGGAAGACUGAGUGUAUUGGGCAUACCAACAAUCACGAAACAUUCGGUGCUUUACAUAAGCGCUUGUCCAGGACCCAUGGGUAGGAAGGUGGAAGACUUGGCUCGUGUAAUGCGCGCAUUGUUGUGUCCUACGAUGUUUGAUCUGGACCCUUAUGUUAUACCGAUGCGUUUCAAUGAGGAUUUAUAUGAAGGGAAGAGGAAGCGCCAGUUAGUAAUUGGUUAUUAUUGCAACCUUGAUGAUCCGAAUCUCAUUCAGGUAGUGGAUGUGAAUAGACAAGUUGUGGAGAAGGCAGUUAAAGCGUUAGAGAGUUCUGGACAUAAAGUUGUAAAGUUCACCGUCCCUCAUCCUUAUGAGGCUUACGUUCUUGGUCUGCGUGCUUUGUUUUCAGAUGGCGGUUGUGAACUACGAAAGCAAUUAAAAGGCGAACCACUGAGUCCACAGCUUGAAUUUCUAAAUCUUAUCCUCGGAUUUCCAGACUUUCUAAAACCUAUCAUGGGGUUCCUAUCCCGAUUGUUUGUUGGAAGACCAGUUGGUAUAUCAAGUGCCCUUCGAAAACUGAAAGAUGGUCAGGCAGCGCUUAACCUAAUCAAUGGAAUCAAUAGUUAUCGACAUGAAUUCGGUAAAGCUUGGAGUGAAGCAGGCCCACUGGAUGCACUGAUAUGCCCAGUGUCUUCAUACCCUGCCCCUCCCGACGAUGCUUCACCUUUGUACAUUUCACCAUCAAUUGUGUAUACAUUUUUGUAUAAUAUUUUGGAUUAUCCUGCUGGAGCAGUUCCGGCGGGUUUUGUCAGUAGGCAGGAUGUUCGAGAUGCACUAGUGAAAUCUGAAUCCCUUCUCACUGCUGGUGAUACCUACAUGUCUAAAGUGCACAAACUUUUAGAUGGAGGGGAGAAUAUGCCACUUUCUAUCCAAGUAGUUGGCAAACCAUUUCAUGAAGAGACUGUUCUUCGAGUAAUGCGUGAGAUAGAGGGGAUUUUUUCUCCCUAGGAACUAACACAAAUUAAACAAUAUUUUCCUUUUCGUUUGUGUAUGUGAAGUUUGUUUUGAUACUGCAGAUUAUGUUUUUACAGCGUUUGGCUUGUAUUCUACAUUGGAUUAAUUGUGAUAAAAUGGUGGUAUAAUAUCAUGAUUUGGAUUUAUUUAUCUAUUUUCUAAGCAGAAUAUCCAAUAAUUUUUAAUUUGGGUGAUCCCCGUUACAAUUUCAGUUUUGUCUUGUGCUGCUAAGAGCAGUCUAUUGAGUGAACUUUUAACCUAGUUAUGUACAUCUAAAAACAUUAUGCUAAUAUCAAUAAUAAUAGUGAUCAAUUAGCAUUCUUUGUGUUAUUGAUUCAUGUUGAAUUGUCAUACAUAUCAAUAGCAAGUAUAAAACCUUUUCAGUAAACUUCAAAUGAUUAGAACUACCAUGUAUGCUGAAAAGUG